CUUGGGUUCACACCUGGCAAGUACGGACCCCAGCGCGAUCACUGCCAACGCCGGCCAUCGCUCCCUGUUGACGUCAACACAUGAGGUUGGUCAUGCCUCCUCAGCGGGAUCGUGCACGACAGGAGCAGGAGCAUGGACGAUGGGUGCUGCUACUUGUAGCUGUGGCGAUCAUAGCCAUACAAGGCACGCAGGAAAUGGAGACACUUGCACGGCAGAUGGCAUUGCUCCUCCAACACUUCAUGCAGAUGUCUUUUGAGAGUGAUUUGCUGCAACUGGCCGUGUUGGAUUCAUCCUUCAUGAUAAUGGCGACGGCCAUGGCUGUUAUGGAGGGACCCUCUCCACCUCGAUGGUGGGUUCGGCCGAGGGCAGAUGGGGCGUGGCGUAAUAUGACACGAGGCGAUGCUGCUGCUGAAGACUAUUACUUCGACAACAUCAGGAUGGGAGAGGCGGUGUUUCGUGGCCUCGUUGCGAACCUGGAACCAUACCUGGAGCGCCAACACACAUGGUACAGGGCGCCCACGCCGCCGGACAAACUGGUCGCGUACGCCCUGUACAGGUGGGCAACCGGCGCAAGCUACGAACAUUCCUCUGCUUCUUUCGGGAUUGGGUGGGAGACCGGGAGGACAGCGGUUCGCGACGUCACCUUGGCUAUCCUUCGAGCGUAUCCGGACGAGAUUGCAUUCCCGGGUGGUCAGCGUUUACAAGAGGCUUUCGCGGCGUUCGGGAUGAAGGGGUUUCCUCGUUGCUACGGUGCAAUCGACUGCACCCACAUUUUCAUCGACAAGCCCGCAGGGGAGAUGGCAAGACCAUACGUUGACCGACAUAGACGGUUCUCUGUGGUGGCGCAGGUCGUCGUUGGCAUGGACCUGAAGAUCUACGACGUGUACGUAGGGUGGCCGGGCAGUGUGCAUGACGUGCGUGUGCUGAUGAACUCUUUUCUACGUGAGAGGGCUGAAGACGGAUCACUGUUUUGUGCUGAUCUGCUUGCCCUCCUUGGCGGGAUUGAGACCAGAGGUUACUUACUGGGGGAUGGCGGGUAUCCUAGCCUGCCAUGGUUGGUGGUGCCUUUUGGAGGGCCUCAAGAGGAUGGCUCUGACACGGAGGUGUUCGACACUGCGCAGAAAAGAUGUCGUGGUUGUGUGGAAAGAGCAUUCGGCAGGCUCAAAGGCAUGUGGCGCAUGUUUCUGCGCACCCAUAAACCUCACAUCACUUCGUUGUCCCUGCAGUUCCGUGCCGUGUGUGUGAUUCACAACCUGCUGAUACGCUGCGGGGUUCAGAUGGACCCGGCUCUUGCUCCACGGAAUGUGCACCGCCACCCGGACGAUGACAACGAUGACGACGUCGCAGGUUCAACUCUUCGAGUUGACGCAGGUAUUGUACACAGGUAAGUUGGGAAACUAGGGAUCGAGCCCUGGGAUCUGUCUCAGCUACCACGAAUUGGUGAAUACCGUUUCAUAAGCUAAGUUCAGAAGUCAACGAUUGAAUCAACCACACACUUCACACAAGGCUCUCUAAUAUACAGUACACUACCUAGUCACUGUCACUCCAAAGUAUAGCAACAUGGGCUCCCCGCAACACUAUGAUCAGGAGUAGUUGGGGGCAGGUAGUGUACGCUGUGUUAUUGAAAGCAAAAAAAAAAAAACAAAAAAAAAAAAACAUGGCCUGAGAAACACUGAAAAAAAAACCCAAAAAAAACAAAACAGAAAUCAACGCUGCGGACAGCC